GGACUGCAGGGGUCGCCGCGGUUCCCGCCAAAUACGAGCGCGGCGGCCGCGGCUGCAGCAGUGGCGCGGGCGGGAGGGCGAGGAGCAGCGGCCGCCUGAGGGGAGCCCGCGCCUCCGCCGCCUGAGACAAACUCUAGCCGCCGCCCGGGCGAUGCUGGAGGAGCCGGAGUGCGGGGCGCCCGGCGCCAGGGGAGCGGUCGCAGCCAUGGAUUGCAAAGAUAGACCAGCUUUUCCAGUUAAGAAGUUAAUACAAGCCCGUCUGCCGUUUAAGCCGCUGAAUCUUGUCCCAAAGGAGAAAGCCGAUGACAUGUCUGACGACCGGGGUACAUCUGUGCAAAGUAAAAGCCCCGAUUUUGAGACUGAGACCUCUUUGGACACUUUGGAAAAUGACUGUCAUGUGGGUUCUGACAUAGACUUGAGACCAAAACUUGUCAACGGGAAGGGUCCCUUAGAUAACUUUUUAAGAAAUAGAAUCGAAACUAGUAUUGGCCAGAGCACAGUCAUCAUUGAUUUGACAGAGGACUCGAAUGAGCCGCCUGACAGUCUUGUGGAGCACAAUAAACUAAAUUCUGAAGCCUCUCCCUCCAGGGAAGCAGUAAAUGGCGACAGAGAAGAAGCUGGGGAUCAGCAGGGGUUGCCGAAGGCCAUUCAGAAUGACAAGUUGGCAUUUCCUGGAGAGACCCUUUCAGACAUUCCUUGCAAAACAGAGGAGGAGGGUGUUGGCUCUGGAGGCAUGGGGAGGAGAGUUGACUCCCAGGAAUGUUCCCCACAGAGCUGCCCGGAGCUGAUGAGUGGCCUGAGAAUGUGCUCCAGAAAGGAGCAGGACGACUGGAGUGAAGCUGGGGGCAUCCUGUUCAGAGGGAAGGUGCCCGUGGUGGUCCUGCAGGACAUCUUGGCUGUGAGACCCCCCCAAACUAAGUCCCCUCUGGCAAUACCCCAAGGCAAGAGCAUGACCCCUGAGAACGAGGUGCUGGAAUCUUGCCUCGAAGAAGACUCUGUACUCAGCCAUUCUUCCCUGAGCUCUCCCUCUUCCACCAGCUCGCCUGAGGGGCUGCCUGCUCCCCCAAAGCAGCAUAGCAGCACGAGUCCCUUCCCCACCUCCACACCCGUCCGCAGAAUAACUAAGAAAUUCGUCAAAGGUUCUACAGAGAAGAACAAGCUCAGACUGCAAAGAGAUCAGGAGCGCCUGGGCAAACAGCUCAAGUUACGUGCAGAAAGAGAAGAAAAGGAGAAGCUGAAAGAGGAGGCCAAGCGGGCCAAGGAAGAGGCCAAGAAGAAGAGGGAGGAAGAGAAGGAGCUGAAGGAAAAGGAGAGGCGGGAGAAACGGGAGAAGGAUGAGAAGGAGAAGGCGGAGAAGCAGCGGCUCAAGGAGGAGCGGCGCAAGGAAAGGCAGGAAGCCCUGGAGGCUAAACUUGAGGAGAAAAGGAAAAAGGAAGAAGAGAAACGGUUAAGAGAAGAGGAGAAGCGUAUUAAAGCAGAGAAGGCCGAAAUCACCAGGUUCUUCCAGAAACCAAAGACUCCACAGGCCCCCAAGACCCUUGCUGGCUCCUGUGGAAAGUUUGCCCCCUUUGAAAUUAAAGAGCACAUGGUCCUGGCCCCUCAGUAUCGGACUGUUUUCGACCCAGACCUCUGCAGUCAGCUAGACCAGCUCCUUCAGCAGCAGAAUGGCGAAUUAUCCUUCUUGAAAGACCUCAAAGGCCGGCAGCCUCUGAGGUCCGGACCCACCCAGGUUUCCACCCAGAACGCAGACAUUUUCAACAGUGAUGUUGUGAUUGUGGAGCCUGGGAAGGGCGACAGUGUUCCCGAGAGGAGGAAGUUCGGCAGGAUGAAGCUCCUGCAGUUCUGUGAGAACCACCGGCCAGCCUACUGGGGUACCUGGAACAAGAAGACGACGCUCAUCCGUGCCCGAGACCCCUGGGCCCAGGACACGAAGCUCCUCGACUAUGAAGUGGACAGCGAUGAGGAGUGGGAAGAAGAGGAACCCGGGGAGUCCCUGUCUCACAGUGAAGGGGAUGAUGAUGACGACGUGGGAGAGGAUGAAGAUGAGGACGAUGGUUUCUUUGUGCCCCAUGGGUACCUGUCUGAGGACGAAGGUGUGACAGAGGAGUGCGCUGACCCUGAGAACCACAAGGUCCGCCAGAAACUGAAGGCUAAGGAGUGGGACGAGUUUCUGGCCAAGGGGAAGCGGUUCCGCGUCCUGCAACCUGUGAAAAUCGGCUGCGUGUGGGUGGCUGAUGGGGACUGUGAGGAGGAGGACCUGAAGGUGCUGCAGCAGUUUGCAGCCUGCUUCCUGGAGACCGCGCCCACCCAGGAGGAACAGACACCCAAGGCCUCCAAGCGGGAGAAGAGGGACCAGCAAAUCCUGGCCCAGCUGCUGCCGCUGCUGCAUGGCAACGUGAACGGGAGCAAGGUCAUCAUCCGGGAGUUCCAGGAGCACUGCCGCCGCGGACUGCUCAGCAAGCACAACGGCAGCCCCUUGAGCCCCUCUGCCACCUGCCUGCACACCCCGGCCCCUGGCGAGGAUGCCACUGUCCCCUCCAAGUCCCGGCUCAAGCGGCUCAUUUCCGAGAACUCAGUGUACGAGAAGCGGCCUGACUUCAGGAUGUGUUGGUACGUGCACCCGCAGGUGCUACGGAGCUUCGAACAGGAGCACCUGCCUGUGCCGUGCCAGUGGAGCUACGUGACCACGGUGCCCUCAGCCCCCAGAGAGGACAAUGGUGGCAUCCCCUCCAUGGGGCCCGGCCAGGGUACUCCUGUCUCACUGAAGAGGAAGUCAGCGGGCAGUAUGUGCAUCACCCAGUUCAUGAAGAAGCGCAGGCACGACGGCCAGGUUGGUGCUGAGGACAUGGAUGGCUUCCAGGCAGACACGGAGGAGGAGGAAGAGGAGGAGGGCGACUGUAUGAUCAUGGACAUCCCGGAUGCUGCGGGUGAGAAGGGCUCUAGACAGCAGAAUGCACUGGUGAGAGGUCCAGGCCCCGUGUGGCACCGCUUCUGGAGAUGGGGGUGCUGUGGGGGUGGACGCUGGCAAGGCCGCCCUGCCCUCAAGCCCACUGGGUGCCUCUUGAGAGCCGUGGUGACGUAUGUAGAACGCUUAGGGCGUCCUCCCCCCGGAGCAGAUACUUGAACCGACUUGAUUCCUGUGUAAAGAGCACUUUGUCCUGCUUCACGGACCUUCCCGAGGUGUGCAGAGUUCUAUAUAGGAUGCUGGAUUAGUUCCUUUGAUAUUUGUAAAAAUUCCCCCAAGAGCUACAUAUGAAUCUGCCCUUUAAUAAAGCAUUAUUGAGAUUGCUGGCCUAUCGGGGAAGCCUGCGGGCGCGGGAGCAGGCAUGGAAUCCAAUGCUUGUAAAUGAAUUGAAGCGCCAGGAUCACCCGCCUGGCCAUGUGCACCUGGACCUAACGAGGCAGUGUAUAAACUUAUUCUCUAGCCCUGA